AUGAGGUUCCUGAAUAGAUCUUACUUCUUUCUCACUUCGCUGCAGGUUGUGGCUGAAAACUUCACUGCGAUCGGCGAGUUCCUACUGCUGGGUUUUUCAAGCCUUGGUGACAUUCAGCUUGCUCUCUUUGUGGUCUUUCUCUUUUUAUAUCUAGUCAUUCUUAGUGGCAAUGCCACCAUUAUCAGUGUCAUCCGCUUGGACCAAAGCCUCCACACGCCCAUGUACUUCUUCCUGGGCAUCUUGUCGACAUCUGAGACCUUUUACACCUUUGUCAUUUUACCCAAGAUGCUCAUCAAUCUCCUUUCUGUGGCCCGGACGAUCUCCUUUACCUGCUGUGCCCUUCAAAUGUUCUUCUUCCUCGGUUUUGCUAUUACCAACUGCCUGCUGCUAGGCGUGAUGGGCUAUGAUCGCUACGCUGCCAUCUGUCACCCUCUGCAUUACCCCAUCCUUAUGAGUUGGCAGGUCUGCGGGAAACUGGCAGCCGCCUGUGGGAUUGGAGGCUUCUUGGCCUCACUGACGGUGGUCAACUUAGUCUUUAGCCUCCCUUUCUGCAGCGCCAACAGAGUCAACCAUUACUUCUGUGACAUCUCACCAGUCAUUCGCCUGGCUUGCACCAAUACCGACGUCCAUGAGUUUGUCAUAUUCGUCUGUGGGGUUCUUGUGCUCGUGGUCCCCUUCUUCUUGAUCUGUGUCUCUUAUCUCUGCAUUCUGAGGACUAUCGUGAGGAUUCCCUCAGCUGAGGGCAAACGGAAAGCCUUCUCCACCUGCGCCUCCCAUCUCACCGUCGUCAUUGUUCAUUACGGCUGUGCCUCCUUCAUCUACCUGAGGCCCACAGCGGACUAUGUGUCCAACAAGGACAGGCUGGUGACGGUGACGUACACCAUUGUCACACCAUUACUAAAUCCCAUGGUAUACAGCCUCAGAAACAAGGAUGUCCAACUUGCUAUCAGAAAAGCGUUGGGGAAGAAAUGGUCUCUGAAGCCAUAG